AUGGCUGCAACUGAGCACUACUUUGUGGAGUGGAAAGAGCAAUACGUGUCGAAAGAGAGGGGCAAUCGUGUGGUGCACUAUUUCUUGAAGGAUAAUUCAGGGGAAUCCAUACUUGCUGUUGUGGGUACUGAGAGGAGUGUUAGGCAUAUGUUUUAUGUUGUUUCUGAGGAGUUCUUGAAUGCCCAUGGGGCCAAAAACUCGGUUCAUGCCGGGUUUAGAUGGAGAUCAAGGCGAGAGGUUGUGAACUGGCUCACUUCUAUGCUGUCAAAGCAGCAUAUGCAAGCCGAUUGCCCAAUGUCACCAAAAGAGAAUUUUGCUCCAGAAAUCAAUGCUCGGCACACCCAUAUGCCAGCUCAAAAGGGCCGUGUAGCAAGGAACUUGAAAGCUCAUCAUUUAGAUAUUGUAUGGUCGGGCAUAGCAUGGACCUGUGGUAAACAGCUCAAGCACUACCCAGAAUUUUUCAGGAAUGGGAUUACGAUACCGGUACACUCAUUUGUCUUUGUAAUGGCUGAGAAAGAAAACCGUUAUAUCGCAUACUUGGAAGAUAUGUACGAAGAUAGAAAGUGCCAUAGAAAGGUCAAAGUGAGAUGGUUUCACCAUAAUAGAGAAGUCAGGGGCACUGUUUCUUUACGGAAUCCACAUCCUAAAGAAGUUUUCAUCACCCCAUAUGUACAAGUCAUCAGUGCAGAAUGUGUUGAUGGCCCCGCAAUAGUCUUAACUCGAGAACACUACGAGAAAUGCUUGGCUGUUUUUCCCCAGGAUUUGGUAGGAAAAGUACAUUUUUGCUUCAGACAAUUCAAGAGCAAUAGAAUAAAACCUUUCAAGCUAAGUAAGUUGCGUGGAUACUUCGAUCAACCAGUUUUCUCGUGCUUCAGUCCUGAUUUUUUUGAGGACGAAGAGUUCAGCUCUGAAGAUGAUGUAAAAGUGGGAACUAAAAGGAGCAGAAGAUGCAGAGAGCAUCAGAAGGCUGCACAUGAAUUAUCAUACAAGAAAUUGAAGUAUGGUUUACUGGGUAGGAAACCAUUCAAGCAUGUAGAAGGCCACGAUUGGCAUACUCCAAGUUUUAAGGUCAAUGACAAGAUAGAAUUUCUUUGCCAAGAUAGUGGCAUUCGAGGUUGCUGGUUCAGGUGCACAGUUUUAGAGGUUUCUGGGAAGCAGAUGAAAAUUCAAUAUGAUGAUGUGAAAGAUGAAGAUAGUUGCCGCAAUCUUGAGGAAUGGAUCCCAACAUAUAGAAUGGCCCAGGCUGAUAAACUGGGAAUGAGACAUUCCGGUCGUCCAACAAUCAGGCCUGCCUGUCCUUGUGAUCAAGGGAGCCAGAACUUCGAGAUUGGAGCUCCAGUUGAUGCCUGGUGGAGUGAUGGUUGGUGGGAAGGGGUCAUAUCGGGCACUAGUGGUUGUGAAAAUGGAAAACAUCAAGUUUAUGUUCCAGGUGAAGAUUUAUUUUUGAACAUAGAGGGAAAGAGCCUUAGAGUUUCUACGGAUUGGAUUGGUGAUCAAUGGGUGGAUAUUAAGCCAAAUUCUAACAUUCUCUCUCUCAUAUCUGCAACAAGCGUAGAUGCCAAGCUUUUGGGAUCACCUGCUAUUGUCAAGGAAACCAAAUCAGACAAUUCUCGCACUUCAUGUCAUAAACCUCUUACCAAUGUCAAACUCAGCGUUGUGGAAGAGGAGACCCAUGAUUUAGGAGGUAAGAUACUGGACACUGACCUUCUGAAUGAUGACUGCUCGAAUGACGACAAGCACCAAAUUCUUACAAUCCAAGAAAAGGACAAUGACAUGGAUCAUGUCAAUGAAGAUGAUGAAAAGAACAAUGUCAACUAUAACCUUAGUGAUUCUAUUAUUGCUGACAAAUCCUGUGAUGCUGAUGCCUGCAAAGAGGACAAUUUAGUGGAAUGUGAAAUUGCUGAGCCGAGAUGUGAAGCAGAAACAAAGGAGGUUAUGACGUAG